AUGGAAGUGAAGGUUUUUGUGGAUGGUAUCCCACGUGUGGUUUGUGGAGUAACAGAGGAAACAACAUGCCAAGAAAUGGUCCUAGCACUGGCUCAGGCAUUGGGUCAACCUGGGCGCUACACAUUACGGGAGAAAUUUAAAGACUUUGAGCGAUGCAUGACACCAGAGGAGCGCCUUUUGGAGACCCUGGAGAGGUAUGGUGAGCAGGCCAAGGAGGUCCAGCUCAGUCUACUCCACAGAGGAGCAGCUGUCUUGGAUGAAAUGAACAAAGCAAAAGUGGGAAGAUACCAGCCCUGCCCGCCAUUAAGAAGAAAAGAUGUAGGUGCUAGAAUGCGUCGGAGCAGCGGUUCGCUGAGUUUGCAUCGCCAAAGCUUGCCAAUGUUGUCCUGCUUAAGGCAAGAAGCUGAGAAGAAACAAGAAGACCUGAAAAGACCUAAAAGAAAGUCUCUGACACUCAUGGAGGAGGCCUGGGACUGGCUGGAAAGUCUGGGCAAAGGAAAGGUCUACAGCACUGCCCGCGAUAAGGAAAGCAGUAGGUCAGAUAAAAGGAAUCGCAUGUCUUUGGAUUUUUCUCUCACUGUGGAUCAAGAUAACUCUGCUAGCAGCAGCAGAGGUAAAGCCAAAGGUCAGAAAGCUUUGAAGUCAGACUUGGACCAUCAAACCUCCUGCUGUAUAGGAAAUCAGACAAGGGGUAAAGAAAGCAAACACUCCAAAAAACCUCACGAGACAAAAUCUAACCCUUGUGGUUCGAGCUGUGCUACGACUGAAGAUGAGAAAAAUACUCUCAGAGAAACCAUAAUAUGUCAGCUCAUGCAUCUGCAGGACUUGCAGUCCCAGAUAGCAUGCAUAGACAGACAUAUUUUUGAGCUCGAGGAAGGUCAGAGGGCCAGAAUUGCUGCACAGGAAGCCCAAGAGAGGAUAGCUAAAGAGGAGAUGGAGGAGAUCAGAUUUUGGGAAAACGAAUUAAAAUCAGAGGAAGGUUACGAGAAGGAUUUGCAGCAUCAGUUCCUUGAGAUGAGAGCGAAAGCUGUGGAGUGCAAGGCUAAACUGGAGGAGUACAAGUGGAAAAUGCAGCAGCUUGAUUUCUUUAGAGGUGCCGUUCAAGAGGAUUCAGAGACGGCUUCAAAACUCGACGCAAAUGCUGCCACUGGGAUUUCUCCUGUUUCGGCCCAGGACGGAAAUGUGCAGCAAACUGAUGCAGAUGGGAAGGCAAAUGUAAACAGGAAGUUACUGCCCAGAGAAGACGACAGCCAUCCUCAUGCUCUAGUUCAUCCAAGCCAAAUAAAGGAGCGCCGGCCCACCGGGCCCACUGAGCUAAGGGAGUGGUGGACACGCUGGUCGGAAGCCCAUAGUGCUCAAUCACAAACUCACAAGAAGGUGAUUCACCGGUCUGAACUCACUAUAUAUUUGGGGAGUACCAAGGUUUAGAAUCAGUGGAGAUCACAAAUACUUAAUGUAUGAUGAAUACUUCAUUGUACUCCAGCUGUGCUUUUUUCAUCCUGACAUUGUAAGACACUGAU